CCGUCCCGCCCCGCCCCGCCCCGCCCCGUCCCGCCGGUGGCCGCGCCCGGUGCCGGCCCCGCGCCCUCGGCCGCCAUGGCCCAGCUCCGCCUCACCGAUUUCUUCGGCCGCACAAAGGCGGCCGCCGGCGCCGACCCCAAGCGCGGCGGCCGCCGGUUCAAGGCCGCCCUUCCCGAGCCGCCGGUGAAGCGGGAGGCGGCGGCGGCCGGUGUCGCGGCGGCGCUGAGCAACCAGUCCCCGGGGCUGCCCUCCUCGCCGCGCACCCCGGCGCAGCCCGGCAGCGGCACCCCCGCGGCGCGGACGCCGGCGGGCAGGAAGCGACGGCGGCAGGAGCUGGAAGAGGAGCCGGGCACGGCGGAGCGGAGCGGGAAGUCGGCGCGGAAGAGGCUGGAGCUGCGCGGGGACGCGGGGCCGGGCCCGCCGGCCGCGGCUCCCAGCCCUCCGGCCGCCGCUCGCCCCCCGACACCCUCCUUGCCGGACAAGGCAGCGACGACCCCGGCCAAGGCGACCCCCGGCGCGGGGCAGGACGGUGGGGCGCAGCCAGGCCCCGCCAUGCCAGGCCGGAGCAGAGGCUUGCAGCAGGAGAACGUGGCCGAGCUGAAGCGCCGCUUGCAGAGGAUGAAGGCCCUCGCUCAGCUCGCUCAGCUGCCGUCCGUCUCUCCCGAGACCGGCGCCGACCUGAAGAACCGUCUCCAGCGCGUGCAGGACCUGGAGCUGAGGAUCCACGAGAGGAGAGCGGAAAACAAAGCGAAGCUGGAAGCGCAGCCCCCGAAGGAGACCGGCAGUUCAGCUGCAGAGGCCAGCGAGAAGGCACCCGCCUACCAGCGGUUCCACACCUUAGCUCAGGACGUCCCGCCGGGGCUCACGCUGCCCUACAAGUUCAAGGUGCUGGCGGAGAUGUUUCGCAGCAUGGACGCCAUCGUGGGGAUGCUCUUCAACCGCUCGGAGACCGUCACCUUCGCGAAGGUCAAGCAGGGGGUGCAGGACGUGAUGCACAAGCAGUUUGAGGAGCGGCACGUGGGCCAGAUCAAGGCCGUGUACCCCGCGUCGUACAGGCUCCGCCAGGAGAAGAACAUCCCCACUUUCAGCAGCAGCAUUAAGAAGUCGGACUACCAGCUCACGCUAGAGCCGGUGCUGGGGGAAGAGGAGAGGAUGGACGGGCGGCCUCACUUGUCGGCGUCGCGCCUGCUGGAGCGCAGGAAGGAGUUCAACCACAACCUGGUGCACAUCGUCAAGCAGCACCACAAGGCGUUCAUGGCCUCCCUCAGCCCCCCGAUGGCGGUGCCGGACGACAAGCUGAUGCGCUGGCAUCCCCGUUUCAACGUGGACGAGGUGCCGGACAUCACCCCGGCGGAGCUGCCGCGGCCCCCCCGGGGCGACAGGCCCACCACGGCCCAGGAGGUGCUGACCACGGCCCGGGGCAUGAUGACCCCCAAGAUGGAAAAAGCUCUUGCCAACAUGGCCUUGAAAACAGCUGGAGCAAGUGUGGGGGAACCGGUGGUUUCCAGCGCGGCGUCCCCUGCCAGCACCUCCAGCGCGCUGAGAGGGGUGUCCCAGGCCCUGCUCGAGCGGAUCCGGGCGAAGGAGGCGCAGAAGAUGCAGGCGCUGAUGACGCGGGCCCCGCAGCAGGAGGAGCGGCUGGCCAUGCUGGGGCGGCUGCCGGCCAUGGCCCGCGUCCUGCGCAACGUCUUCGUGGCCGAGAAGAAGCAGGCGCUGACCCUGGAGGUGGCUUGUGCCCGCAUGACGGACAGCUACGACACGCAGAUGUCUGCCGGGGACAUGGAGAAACACCUGCGCCUCUUCGCGGAGCUGCUGCCUGACUGGGUCAGCGUCCACGCCAUCAGGACGGACACCUACAUCAAGCUGGACAAGGGCAAGGACCUCAGUCUCGUUGCGGAGCGACUCGCCCGGGCAGCGAAGGAGGCAGAAGCCCCCUGAGCCCGCCGGAGGGCUGGGUUGUCUCGCGUGCGACCUGCACUGUAGACGUAGCAAACUGCGGACAGCAUCCACAGGACUGGUGGGACUUUCGUAGGCUGAUGGGAGCGUCUGAAGGUCCAGGAACUGGGAGGCUUGUCCUUGGGGAUGUCUGAGGUCGUGAUGAACCGGCCUCCACUUUCCAUACGUCCUCUGCCGCGGUCCAUCAGGAUGUAACUCCCCCAACCCUCAAGAGCCCUGAAGGUGAAAAACCCUCGAUCCCCUGGUGCCACCAAAGCUCCGAAGAGGAGCUAGCAACCUCUUCUUGCCUUACCCUGUUCUCCUGAAGGUUUGAUGCAAGAGCUUUCUUCCAUUAACUGAGUCCUGGUGGGGUGGAGGCCGGACUGGGCACGGUGAGAGGGUGACAAGGAUGAAGAAGUGAGAGAAGUCACAAACUGGUGAUGUUUUAGAGCUCUGGGCCUUGUUCUGUUUUUAAGGGAGGGAAACACAACUCCAGCUCUUGCUGGAAAUGACUGCAGGACUUGUCAAAACAUCUUUGUAUUAAAUGUUUUAAAUAUAGCUGACUUGGGUUAA